AAAGUGGACCAAAUAAUGCUCAAUCCACCUUUCAAAUGAUAUUAAUAUAUUUUAAUAUAAUGUUUUCGCAUAAUUAUUAUUUAUAAUUUAUUACAGUUGUUCAUAAACUACUUGUCCACGAGUACAACGUAAGUAUUACGUGACUCGUCAAAAUAACUAAAUUCGAAUUAUUUCGCAACUGGAUAUUCCUCACGGGUAUAACUAUUAUCGGUGUCAGAAUAAAUUCUAAUUCACAUCACUCAACUAUGGUAUUCGCUAAAUGGAACAGCCCAGUGUUUCAAGCAGAUCCUAUCAGCUGCUAGAUAUGUCGGACUCCGGCAGCAGUUCGUCAGCACACAUUCCGCCAUUGAUAUUGACUUCGCCGAGGAAAAAGAGAUAUAGGAAGUUUGGCAACAGUAGAGACAAGUUUGUUGAAAAAGUGACGUUUGAAAAAUGUCGUUUGCAGUCACGCACAGUAUGUGUGUUUUUUGUUCUAUCUGUUCUCAUUGUCUGGCUGCUGACAAUGAGUUGGUUCAUCAAUGCUUUACAAAACGAAUUGGACAAAUUCAACCAUACCUAUUAUUACAAGGAUGUCCAAAACAAAGCUUGCGAGUUGCAUGCUGCUCUUGAGCCAGUCUCAUACGGCUCUUCACAUCAAGCUUAA